CUACACCGAGUUCAGCGCACGCGACCGAGAGUUGACAUAGGCACUUAUCCCUUUAUCCUAUACCGCAUUUUCGUUUUACGCUAUUUCCUAUUUCCUCAUCGUGGGGAAUUGUUUCAACAGCUCGACUAUAUAUAACCAACUAUGUCAUCCCCUAAUCGCGAUCCUACCGUUGUGUCGGAUACGGAACCAGUCGAGGAAGAAGCUUCGAACCAAUAUUCUCUCUCCCGCGCUGUGCGUGCUAGAAAGUCCGAGUAUGUCAGAUCCCACCGAAUACGGAUAAAGGUUGGGUCCUGGAAUGUUGCUGGUUGCCCUGGCACCGACAAAGACUUGGCGAGUUGGUUCAUUGACGGCAAAGGGGUCGAGCCACAACUGGAUUCGAAGCUGGCUCGGAUGAACUUUUCCGAGGAGAGUGCAGAACUAGAAACAGAUGAAUUCGAAGAUGCUAGAUCACAGACGAGCGGGAGACACAGCAUUAAUUCAGGGGUUCAAGAGAGUUUAAACUUAGACGACGAGACUACGCAAGAUGGAAAUGAAGAACCACACGUUCGCCUGCUAGGUGGUGAUAAGAUAGGGCUUUAUGUUCUUGGACUGCAGGAAAUCGUCAAUUUGAACAUUGUCGCCCAAACCUUCUAUUCUGACCCGGCCGCUAUUGCGAAAUGGAAAGAUGCGCUCGAAGCUGCCCUACCAAAGGGCUACACCCUUGUUGCCUGCGAGCAACUUGUCGGCCUUCUUCUACUUAUAUACGCGUCUCCCGAAGUAGCUGAAACUAUAUCAAACGAGUCUACUAUUAGUGUUGGAACCGGUAUAUAUGGCCUAUUGGGCUAUUGGGGUAAUAAAGGAGCAAUUUCAUCUCGCAUCCUCCUAGGCGAAACCACCCGACUCGUUUUCACUAAUUGCCAUCUCGCUUCCGGUCACGAUCAGACCAGUCUCGACAGACGAUGUUGGGACUAUAAUAGGGUCAUGACCCAGACCAAAUUUACUCCCAUUAAUCACGGCGGUGUACUCGAGGAUGAGGGCGAAAAAUUAGGGGAUGAAGACUUUUCUUUCUGGUUUGGAGAUCUAAACUUUCGCCUAGAUGAUUUACCUGGAGAAGAUAUCCGACGCUUACUGAUGCUACAUACUCGCGGCGAGUAUGACGUAAAUAAGAAGCGUACCGGGGAGAUGUUCAGCGACGACGGAGUCAUUGUGUUACGCAACAAUGACGACGAAGAUGGCACAAAUACGCCUGGCAUGAUUUCGCGUGAAACAUCUUUCGAUAAAGAUUCUAGCGAGGAAAGUACUGAACUCCCAGAUCCAGAUGACUUCAUUCCUGACCCGCGCGAUGAUCCGGCGUCUUUACAAGCCACACUGGAUUCCUUACUCCCACAUGACCAGCUCAAACGUAUGAUCAAGGAGCGGAAAGCGUUUCACGAAGGUUGGCACGAGGGGCCUAUCACGUUUUUACCAACAUACAAGUAUGAUGUUGGUACUGUAGGACUCUUUGACUCUUCAGAAAAGCAGCGAGCCCCGAGUUGGUGCGAUCGCAUCUUGUAUCGCACGCGCACGGAUAUAGGUCAAUAUGAGAAGAAAUGCCAAGACGAAAUCGACGCUAAAAAGAAGGACGAGGAUAUGCAAAGAAGAGGCAUUGACCAGGCCGCGGAAGAUGAGAGCGUUUUAUUUGAUUAUGAUCCUGCCACUGAUUCAAGCGCCGACAACCAGGGAUACAGCGACGCCAACUCUUACGAAUACGAUGAAUAUGACGAGGGGGAUGAGGAUACAGGACAUGUUGUAACGAAGGAAGGCUUCGUUGAUAAAAUCAGCUUGGAUAUAUAUACCAGCCAUCAGCGGAUCAUGUCGUCAGAUCACAAACCAGUAGUUUCUGUGUUUACAUUGGAUUUCGAUGCUGUAGUCCCCGAGCUAAAGGCGAAAGUCCACGCCGAAGUAGCAAGAGAACUUGAUCGAGCGGAGAAUGAAGGGCGACCAGGAAUUACUGUUAUUGUCGACGGAAAAGACUCAAUCAAUAAGGAUAACGGUAACAAGCACGCGGCCGAUGGAAGCGAAGGAGUUGACUUUGGUGAGAUCGGGUUCCUGCGAAGAGAAUCUCGGUCUCUAACAAUUGCCAAUACUGGACGUGUUCCGGCGAAUUUCUCCUUUGUAGAAAAGCCGGACACAGUCGAUGCAAGCGAAUAUCCGAAUUGGUUGGAAUUUAAAUUUGUCCGUUCGGAGGUCAGCCGCAAUGGACAAGUAGAAGAUGCCCUUGGUGAUGAAAUCACUUUAGAGCCGGGGGAAACAGUCAACGCUGUUAUACAGGCCUAUAUUUACGACCUCGUCCACAUACAAGCAUUGAAUGAAGAAACAGCGCAAUUAGAGGACGUGUUAAUAUUACGUGUCAUUGACGGGAGGGACCAUUUUAUCCCGAUUAGGGCUACUUGGAUACCAAGUUGCUUCGGGCGUUCACUUGAGGAGCUUAUUAGAGUUCCGCGUGGUGGCGGCAUUAGAGCACUAGUAAAGGAGCGACGAAAAGGAGGAUCGAUACCUUACACAUUGGAAGUACAUAAAUCAUCACCCGGUGAGCUUUUUAAGCUUACAGAAGCCGUUCAAACCUUGGUAGAACGGGUAAUAGCCGACGAAAACAUGUUAGAAGAAGCAAGGGUACCACGCGACCAGCCUGGUUGGCCAUUCGACGGAGGUGCGUGGCAAGCGUCUCAUGCUGAGGAUCAUGACGAACUACGAGCAGCCAUUGUUGAGGCUUUAGAGGAGGAUAGAUCUGUGUUAGACACUAUCCGAGCUGAUGUGCCGACAUUAAAACGCCUCGAAAUUGUGAGCGAGGUACUUCUACUGUUCCUUCGCAGCAUGCUAGAUGGGAUCAUCACUGCACCCCUAUGGGCUAAGAUCGAACAAGCUCUACCUAAUAUAGGGAGCGGGAAGACCCCUGCUGAUGUCGAAGCAGCCAAGACUGGCAUCCUCGAUAUACUGUCAACGGCGCCUUAUUAUAACAUUUCCUUCGUAUUCCUCAUGUCUAUGUUGACACGGGUCGCAAAUGACCUAGUACCACUCAAUAAGGAAGAGUUCGGGGCCUUAAAUUCUCUCAAACCUACCAUGGGGAGGCGCAGCCUCAGCUUUCGUCGAAGUACUGGAUUAGGGACUAUCGACGUGGCUGCGAUACAACGAAGGUCGGCAUGGGAAAGGAGAGCUUCUGAGAUUUUCGGCGUAGCAAUAUGCAGAGCACCAAUGCCAGCAAAUCCGAAAGAGAGGAAGGCUCUUGAGGAUAAAAUGAGGGGAUCCGUUGAGGUUUUCCUCCGCCCGGAUGGCGUACAGGGGUGAGCCUCUACUAAUAGACAGGUUAUUGGGUGCGAAAUAACAAUAGGAGAGUGGUAUAUAGAGAGAAAAUGCCUAAACGAUUUACUCGCACAUUAUAAGUUUAUACCUAAUGCCUAUAAUAACUGUCUGGCGCUGAUUUGAUUGAUAUUUCGCUAACAUAGGGCAAAGUUUAACCCUCAUUAUCAUGAACC